AUAUAUAUUAUAUAUAUUUUUAUCUCUUAAAGAUAUAACUACUCCACACACAUGUAAUCAUGGCCUAUUUUCCAUUUCAUAACUAGAGGAGACAUUUUCUUCCAUUGCAAAUAUUUUAUUUUCUUGAAAAAAUGAAUGUCAAGGGAAUUUUAGAUGGUAACACAAAUUGGGCUGUUAAGGAUGAUAAUGAUGAUGUAACUGAUUUAAUUUCUAGUGGCUCUAUCACACAAGAUUCAAUGAAUAAUUCUAUGUGUUCAUCAUUUUCUUCAUCAGAGUUGGAUGAUGAUGAUCAAAAUCAAGAAGCAUCUUCUUCAACUUCAAGUUUAUCAUCUUCAUCAUCAAAUUCAAAUGGUCCUUUAUAUAAACUAUCAGAACUCAUGGAUCAUCUUCCUAUUAAGAGAGGAUUGUCUAUGUUUUAUGAAGGGAAGACACAAUCUUUUGGAUCUUUAGCUAGAGUGGAAAGCAUAGAAGAUCUUCCUAAGAAAGAAAGAGCAAAUUAUGGAAAUAAAGUGAAAUCAUGUAAAAGCUUUGGAUUGUGCACUCCAAAGGGAAGAAUAUCAAAGAAAUCUUCAAGAGGACCUUGUUGUGUACCUGUUGUAACUAGAAGAGGGAGUUUCCUUGGAGGGUCUAGAUCUUCUUUUGCUGUACAAAAAAACUUUUCAAAUUCAAUCUUGUAAGAGCUUUUUUUUUUUUUUUUAUGAAACAGCUUGUAAGAGCUUUUUGUUUCAUAUUUCAUGCACAAAAUGAGGAAAAUUUUGAAUCCUUAACCUUUUUAGUUUCUGAGAGAUAAAAUCUUUUGUUUUUUUGCUGAAA